AUGGCUGUCGUCGGUAAAGCAGUGGCUCAAUCUUUCUACCAUAAGCCGGCAAAGCACGCCUAUUUCAACGGUUGCUCUACUGGUGGGAGGCAGGGUAUAGCUGCAGCACAACGAUAUCCGAAUGACUUUGACGGCAUUCUAUCUGGUGCUCCUGCGAUAUACUGGACCCAAUAUGUUAUUGCUGAGCUCUGGCCACAAGUUGUUAUGAAGGAAAGUGGCCACUACUUGUCAGCUUGUGAGCGACAAGCGUUCAGGAAUGCUUCUAUCAAAGCUUGUGAUAAGAAGGAUGGCGUAAAAGAUGGCGUCAUAACAAACCCUUUCAGUUGCCAUUUUAAUCCUUCAACACUCGUGGGCCAAAAUGUACAAUGUGGUGGGAGCUCCAUCACUAUCUCACAAGAGGCUGCCAACGUUGUGAGCCAGAUAUGGUCAGGCCCAGUCUCUUCGGACGGCAAGAAACUUUGGUACGGAAUGCUCCAAGGAGCAUCCCUCGACGCCCUGGCAAACACAAACGAAGCCAAUGGUACCUCGACUGGUGCGCCUUUCUUCGUCGCCGACGGCUGGGCUCGGUAUUUUGUGAAAGCUGAUCCAUCCUUUGAUACCUCAGCGCUCGAUUCUAACAAGUUCGAGUCCUUGUUCAUCGAAUCUCGCGAUGAGUUCUCUCACAUCAUGGACUCUUCCGAUCCUGAUUUGCGGCCUUUUGAAAAGGCAGGAGGAAAGCUGCUGAUGUGGCACGGUUUGGAAGAUCAGUUGAUAUAUCCACAAGGUAGCAUUCGAUACGUCAAUGAGGUCAAGUCCCUGUUCGCUGGGCCUGGUGUAGACCACUGUGGUUUCGCCAACACUCAUGGAGCUGCGCUGAGUGACCCAUUUGGAGCUUUGGUCAACUGGGUUGAAAGGAAAAAGGCCCCAGAGCAGCUUCAUGCUAAGACGCCUCCUACCGCUCAGCUACAGUUUACCCGCAAAGUGUGCCAAUAUCCUUUUCUUGCCAGGUUUAACGGAAAGGGAAAUCCUUCUGAUGCCCAGAGCUAUUCAUGUACGCGCGAAUAG